CAGCUUCUCUACAAUCUUUUUUUUCUUCUGGUCUAUGAUGUCCCCAAAGCUGACAGCUGCAGCAUAGCACCGUGUUUCCACCGACCAUUUAUUUAUUUCAUCAUCUUCCAUCACUGUCGUGUGGAAUCAUGAGUGGAAUGCACGGUUUCGCCUUCCUGCUGCUGCUGUCCAGCUGCACACCUUGUCGGGGAUACUUCGCGGAGGAGCGUUGGAACCCCGAGUCUCCGCUGCUCGCACCCCGGGUCCUCCUCGCCCUCAUCUGCCGCAACUCGGAGCACUCCCUGCCCUACGUGCUCGGCACCGUGGAGAGGCUGGACUACCCCAAAGAGCGCAUGGCUGUGUGGGUAGCAACCGACCAUAACGAGGACAAUACCACAGCCAUCCUGCGUGACUGGCUCAUCAAUGUGCAGAAUUUUUAUCAUUAUGUGGAGUGGAGGCCCAAAGAGGAGCCCAGCCGCUAUGAGGAUGAAGAGGGUCCCAAGCACUGGACAGACCCCCGUUACGAGCACGUUAUGAGGCUUCGGCAAGUUGCGCUGGAGUCAGCCCGUGAGAUGUGGGCCGACUAUUUUAUGGUGAUGGACUGCGAUAACCUGCUCACCAACCCGAAUGUCCUCUGGAACCUCAUAAGCGAGAAUAAGACAAUCACUGCUCCCAUGCUGGACUCCCGUGCAGCCUAUUCCAACUUCUGGUGCGGAAUGACGAGCCAGGGCUACUACAAGCGCACCCCGGCCUACAUGCCUGUGAGGAAGCGUGUGCGUAAGGGCUGUUUUGCAGUUCCCAUGGUGCACUCCACCUUCCUGAUAGACCUCAGGAAAGAAGCAUCCAGGCAGCUGGCUUUUCACCCGCCUCACCCAGAAUACAAUUGGGCUUUCGACGACAUCAUUGUGUUCGCCUACUCGGCUCGAAGGGCAGAUGUCCAGAUGUUUCUAUGCAACAGAGAGACGUACGGUUACCUCACCGUGCCGCUGCGCUCCCACAAUACUUUGCAAGACGAGGCCGAGAGCUUUUUGCAUUCUGUGCUGGAGGUAAACGUGCGCCACCCCCCAGUGUUGCCAUCCCAGUUCAUCCCCGUUCCCUCCAGACAGCCCGACAAAAUGGGUUUUGAUGAGGUGUUCAUGAUCAACCUGAGAAGGCGCGCUGACCGCCGAGAGCGUAUGCUGAGAGCACUCCAUGAGCAGGAGAUUGCUUGCAAGAUCAUUGACGCUGUAGAUGGAAAGGCAUUAAAUAGCAGCGAUGUCCAGGCUAUGGGCAUCCACAUGCUCCCUGGAUACAGCGACCCUUAUCACGGCCGCCCGCUGACCAAAGGAGAACUGGGAUGCUUCCUUUCCCACUAUAACAUCUGGAAAGAGGUUGUCGAGCGAGGCCUGCCCAUCUCACUGGUGAUCGAAGACGACCUACGCUUCGAGGUCUUCUUCAAGCGGCGCCUCAUGAACCUGAUGAGCGAGAUCGAGGAUGAAGGACUCGACUGGGAUCUCAUUUACAUCGGCCGCAAACGAAUGCAAGUGGACCACUCUGAGAAAGCGGUGCCAAAUAUUCACAAUUUAGUGGAAGCGGAUUAUUCCUACUGGACCCUCGGUUAUAUGAUCUCCUUACAAGGAGCCGAGAAGCUUUUAAGAGCUGAGCCUUUAAAGAGAGUACUGCCAGUGGAUGAGUUCCUACCCAUCAUGUACAAUAAACACCCAGUGUCAGAUUACAUGGAGCAGUUUGAGACCCGAGACCUCAAAGCCUUCUCAGCAGAGCCCCUCUUGGUGUACCCCACACACUACACGGGCGACUGGGGCUACAUCAGCGACACGGAAACGUCCACCGUGUGGGACAACGACAAGAUCCGCACAGACUGGGACAGAACGCGCUCGGGGAAAACCCAGGAGCAGGCUGAGCUCAGCACCGAGGCCCAGAACUCCGACGUGCUUCAGUCACCUUUGGACAGCACAGCACGAGACGAGCUAUGAGACCCCAAAAAAAGUACCCAUUGUUUUUUUUUAUUUUUAUUUUUUAUAAUGUUUGGCAAUGGCAUCACAAAUUAAGGGAUGUAAAAAAAUGUUUGUGUUUCAUCAUGCUCAUCAAAAAGGCACUAGACUUGCCACAUGAGAUGGCAUUUGCAGUACCCAACUUGUGUCUGUCAUACAGAAACAAACCUUUAUGUGAGCACAAAUUAUUUUUGAGGUUUUAUUGUGACGUUACACUGUGAAUCGGGCUACGACUGCAUGUCACUCUGCAAAAUUCCCAUCAAUAUAGUAAAUGAUGCAUCUGCAGGCCUUCCAUAAAUAACCAGAAAUUGCAUUUCCCUCACAAAUUGCAAGUGAAUGCUGAGAGAUUCCAAAAAAAGUCAUGAAGUCAGGAUGUAGCUCUCCUUCAUACAUCACAGCAAGUCAUAGCAAUGCCAUAUUUCGUAGAAAUAAGCCCCCUGGUGGCUGUGAGCAGCAUUAGAUGCUUAGUAUGUUUUUGGCCAUGACAUGACAUCAUUGCUAUUACAGAAAAAAUACUAAAAUCUAGGAAAAAAAAUACCUUAGGGAAUUAAAAAAAAAAGAAAAUACGUGGAAUAUUACGAGAAUAAAUUCGAAUUUUUAUUAGAAGAAACUGUUGAAAGAAAAAUUCAUGUUAUAGGAAUAAACAACACAUAAUAUUACAACGAUAAAGCUGUAUUUUUAACAGGAAAGCUAUCCAUAGUCCUAAUCAAUCAUAGUGCAAAUAAAAAAAUGACAAGAACAAAGUUGGAUUUUUAAGAGAAAAAAAAAUAAUACAAGAAUAAAGUAAACUUUUGAUGUGAAAAACACAUAAUUGACAAGAAUAAAGUUGUAUUUUUAAGUGGAAAAAAUACACAAUUUACAAGAGUAAAGUUCCACUAUUUAAUUAAGUGGAAAAAAUAUCAUAAUCCAAGAAUAAAGGAGAAUUUUUAUCCAAAACACACUUUAAGAGGUAACAAAGUAAUAUUAUAAUAUUAAUUAAUAUUAUAAGAAUAAAGUUGCAUAUUUCAAAGUGGCAAAAAAUUGUAAUAUUACAAGAAUACAGAUAGAAACAUAAAUAUUACAGGAAUUAGGUGGCAUGUUCAUGUGAAAAGUCAUAUUUUUAUGAGAAAAACGUGUAAUGUUACGAAACUAAACGUAUAGAAUUAAAGUAAUAUAUUUUUGGAGGGAAAAAAGAAUUGAUAAAUAGUCCUCAUCUUAACACAUGGUUAUGUUUAUGCUCAUAAUAGGAAAACCUUGUAAAAAGACUUUAUUCCCUUAAAUGUUGGCAUUUUCCUCUUUAUAUUGCGACUUUAUUCUCAUCAUAUUAGGGAUGUUUUUUCUCAUAGAAUUGCGAUUCUAAUCUAUAUAUAUAACACCCUUGUAAAAUCUUCAUGAGGUGAUACCCAAAGCGUCCUGUCCCAUCAACCGUGUCCUCUACUGCCACCUACCAUGCAAUUCCCACAGUGCCACAUCAGCUCCAAAGAGCAGCUGUUGACAGCGUUGUCGGCGGGGCAAACCUCCGUGCAGGCCUCACGUGAGCAAAGCGUUUGCAGAUGCCCGUCAGACAUCCACACCAGUGCCUUUUAUCUUACAGCUGAACAUCUGUAUUGACAUCUCGCUUAUUACAGCGUGUUUUCCCUGGCAUAGUAGGAUGCUAAAUGCUUUAUAAUGAUAUUCUCCUGCAGAUGCAACCUCCACUGCUUAUGUAAUUGGAUAGGGUUAUGCCCAUGAUAAGGCAAAAUAACCUCCACUCAAGAACAAACGUGCACUUUAUGUCAGUCUGUAGAGUUUUUACACCUUAUUCCACUAACGGCGCAUGUCUCUAAUUAUCCGCUCCAUGUGGACUGCUGAGGGAUGCCGAGCUGAGGCGUCGGUUGUACGUUUAAGAAAGUGAAUUGAUUAAAAGACACAGUAAAACUCUGUUGGAAGUCCCUGUAGCCAAAUGUAUUUAUUUUUGACCGAGUACAAACAAGCACAUUGAGGGCAAAGCUCUUAGCACAUGGAUUCUCAAACUGUGGUGCGAGUACCACCGGUGGUACACGGGUUACAUCACAUACAGUCGUCCCUCGUUUAUCUUGGUUAAUUGGUUCCAGACCCCACAGCGAUAAGUGCAUUUGUGCGAAGUAGGAUUCUGAUAUCAUUCAUUUCUCUGUACCACGGAAGCUAUAUACUCUCUGCAGACUGAAAUCGGAGUAAAAGUAUAGUUCUCAAGUUGUCCAGACAUGCCUUGACAUAUAUGGUUAAAGUCUUGCACAUGUACUGUAUGUUUACCCACGCCACAAAUAGUGGGCUGCUAGUACUGCUGACGUACACCUGUUCAAGGAAAGUAUAUAAGUGCUGUUUGCAAGUCACAAUCAUCAUCAUGCAUGUGUCCCAUGUCUGUAACAAUUCUGCAAUGUGAUGAUCCGAGCUCGAAAUGAAGUUGUCUGGUACAGUUCUCCUCCA